AUGUAUACCUCAACUAUUUCUGACCAAACUGAUCGCACCGGAACCGCCCCAGCCCUCCGCUACGACAGCGUCGGCCACGAUGAAUGUUUAAGUGACUCAAGCAGUUGUACUGAUAAUAGAUCCGACUUAGGGUCAGAUGAUUAUAAUGACUAUGAGUCUAAUUAUGAGUCGGAUAAUGAAGAAGCUACCUGUGCCUCAACCAGCAUUACCAAGACUCCAUCAAUUCAGCUACUAAAUGUACAAGAGCAAAAGACUAAUGCAACAUACACUUUAAGACAAGAAAAGUUUAAUAAUGACUUCACUCCCAAGGACUUGCUAAAUAUCAUUCGAGAAAUUUUCCUAUCACCACCUAGAGAUAUGUCAGAUGAAAAGGGGUCAUUGGAAUAUCUCCCAAUCUAUUCAUUUCUCUUUCCGAAUGAAAAAGGGUCUAGCUUAUAUAAUGCUUAUGACCGGGAUGAGGUGAGAGAUAAAUUGGUUAUAAAAAUCGAUCAAGACGAUCAAGCCCCAAAGUUUUCCGUUGCAGAUGACAUUUCCGAAGUAUAUGGUCUGCCCGGGAUUCACGAAUGUAUUAAUGGUCAAAAGCCUUUAAGAGCUGUGAUUGAUAUCGAUGCAUCGAAAGAAGAUAUGGAAACAGCUAGUGUUAAGGGGCAAGAAGUAUUCAUUCGAAUCUGUUGCUCUUUCAUAAGAGCUUUGUACCGAAUUCUUGACUGUAGUUGGGAAGAUAUUCUUAAAGGGUUAAUAGUUACUAUAUCAACGGAUCCUAGCAAAUGUAGUUAUAAUAUUUUAUAUGCACCGGCUCUCCUUAUCGAUCAUCAUGAACUCAAAGCAUUUACUGAAUUAGUAUAUACCAUAACCGGUGAAAAAUUUGGCAAGUUCAUUGAUCGGAAAUUGCCUGGUCACAACUUCAACCUUCGCCUAAUUGUUUCGGUAAAAAAAGGUCGUGUGAAGCGCAUCUUUAAGUUUUCACUAGAUAAUGGCUGGAAUGAACUUGAUCAUGCUAGGGUUCAACCACCUUCUAGUUUGGGACUUGAAGUAAGACCUAGAAUGCUUAGCAUAGAAAAAAAUAACAAUCCGCUAAGAAUAUCCGUGGGUCAGGAUAUAUUACGAAAAUACGCAGAACUAGUUUUACAAAAACAUUCUAGCUAUCUUAGGGAUUGGACUAUCGAAGAAAAAGACUCAGAAAACUUCGUAUAUUUUAACCGGAAAGCUCCACUAGGAUGUCCACUCUGCAAACGUAUACAUGACAAGGAUCAGCGGUGGUUUGGCCGUGUAUGCACUAGCAGUGGGAGGUUCAUCGUAAAAUGUUUUCGGCAGAAUAGUGACGAGCGGGGGGUAGUUUUUGAAUGCGACCCAUCUAUUGCAGAAAAAAUUCAGCAAGAAAAUAAAAAUUCACCGCAAGUCUCUCACAAGGUAAGAGGCCCUGGCUUCCCUAAAGCCUUCGUAAAAAUGCCACCCUGGGUUAAGUAUAAUGAAACCCUUACAGCGACAGAAAUAUAUGAGGAGAGAUAUGUAAGACCAUUACCCAAUGAAGGCGAUAUCUAUGUUGGAUCACCUUGGGAGACAGGAAAAACAUAUGUUCUAGAGCAUCUUACUAUAUCCGAUGACGUGAAUUUGCUAGUAUUAUCCACGCGCCACUCUUACUCGAAUGCUGUUACUACAAGACUCAAUCUCAAAUCAUAUUGUGAUAUUGAUGGUAAUAUAAAUCUACCUGAUCAUAAUAGGGUAGUAUGCCAGAUAGAAAGCUUACAUCGGAUUACUAAUAAUUGUAAAUGUAAUAAAAAAUGCAAAUGUCUUCCAAUCCAAUAUGACUUGUGGCUUGAUGAAAUAGUGUCUAUAAUUGCUCAAGCACAAAGUCAUCUGGCGGGUCAAUCGAUAGAAAAGUUAUAUAAAUUGAUCCAAGAGGCUAGACGCAUUAUUGUAAUGGAUAAUGACCUAACUGACCUCAACAUUGAAUGGAUUAAGGCCCUUCGUAAGGGCAUACCUCUCUCUAUUAUCCACAAUACUUAUCAGCCUCAGAAAGGUAAGACAUUCCGUCUAGUCCCUAAUAAAGAAACAGUAUUAACUGAACUUUGGGACUGGGCCAAGAAUACGUCUUCAUUACCUUUUGAGAAUAGAACAAGUGCGUCACUUAUUUGCCAUCUUAGAAAAGACAUGCAAGGAAUUGUUCGCACCCUUGAGACUGAUUUUCCAGAAUUACAGAUCAAGGAAUACCACGGCAAGUCUGAUCCAGUGGAAAAGGCUCAUGACUUCAGCAACGUAGAAGAAUCAUGGAAAGACGUAGACCUAGUUGCCUAUACUAGCACUUUAAAAAUAGGAGUAUCCUGCACUAAUCCUAAGUUUGAGCGAGCAUUCUGUCUUUUUAAUAGUUACAUAGAAACAAAUUCUGGAACGAAUCAGAUGUUAUUCCGCAUGCGUUGCAUUAAAGAUUAUAUAUGCCAUAUUGAGCAGAGAUCUUCUAAUGUUCCAGUCACAGAGAAAGGAUUAUUCCAAUGGUUGUUGAAUGCUAAACGCGAAUGUCUCCCCCGGGAACUUCAGAAUAGAGGAAUAUUUCCAGAUAUAGAUUCUAUCAUCCGGAAUAAGGAUGUACCGACUGUUCGAUUAGAAGCGGGUAUGAUAAUUUCCAUCAUAGAUCCCAUUCCUAAGUCUGAAGAAAAUGUUGUAUCAUUAUCUCAAGCCGUGAAGGCGAAUUCCUCUAUCGUUAAAGCAGAGGAGAUAUCAGAUGUAUCCAAUGCUACUAUUGUCGAUCGUGAGACUGCCGAAUUUCUAGAGAACAAGUCAAGAAAAACUUUAGAAGAAAUGCGAUCUCUAGAUCGGCAUCAUAUUGUGGAAUGUUAUGAGAUUUUGCCUGAAUCAUUGACUGAGAAUUUCAUCUCCAAGUAUGGGAAUUACAAUCACAUGAAAUGGUUUAGGGCUUAUAAGCAAUUACGAGAUGCUGGUACUAACAAUGAAACGGCCGUUGAGGCUAUAUCCUGUAAAGAUUACAGAGAUGAUAGGCUCACAACUGCAACCCGGGCUGAUAAGCAUCGAAUUUGUCUGGAGUUGCUAAGAAAUUGUACACCCGUUAAAGAUAUUGACGAUAGGACACGUUAUAAAGCUAAUGAUGUUAAAACACGCAUGGAAUCUCCUGAUUCGAUAUCAUAUCUCCAGGAUUUAGUCUUUAAAAUGGCUCGAGUUUUUGAUAAUACAGAUGCAUUGCGCAGUGCUAAAAAAUUGGGAUUAAAAACAGUUCGAGCAAAACUUGGUUUAUUAAAUGCAUCACUUUACGCAACUUAUGGAUUAAAAUUUAAGGCUAUAGAUAAGAAUCUCAAAUAUUACCAUCUGGUUGGGUCAUUUGAUAGCAAAGAUGCUCCUGAGUUACCUUCAUACCAAACAGGAAGGGAAAUUUAUUGGGAAAAUGGGAAAGAUACUCGAUAUGGGUAUAGUAAACUCCCACCCGAUGAAUUAUUGAUGGAAAAUCUUUUGGAAAAUAAGCAGACUAAAGAUAGUUCCAGUUCUAAUGUGAACAAUAUGUCAAUUGCGAAUGAUAUUCAAGACUUAUUUGAUAUUGCGUAA